UAUGCUCAAGCCACCUCCCGAGUGUGUCUGUUUGUGGGCGCCGCCGCCGAGGUAGGCCGCUUGAUCAGAACGGACGCGCGCGCGUCGCGUCUGCGUCACGAGCCGCUCUUGUGCAGCAGCCUAUCCGGGUUGUGUAACAGUCGGGGAGGCACGCGUCGGGGGUUGCGCAGAUCACCGCAUCGUAAACACCCCGCACCCCGCUACAUUGUAAGUAACGACCGAUAACGCAACGGAAACUCUCGAACUCGCGCAUUUUUUAGUCCACGAUAUAUAUAUGUUUUUUUUUUUUUACCCGCUGUUUACCUUCAAAUAUGGAGCUUGACCGACGACUGCUGCUGGCCCACUGCGCAGCCCACGCCCUCUCCGUGCUGGCGGGGCUGCUGCUGGUGGUUCCGCUGGCGCUCAACGGCUCCGCGUUCAAGGGGCGCUGCGCGCUUUUCGCUACCGGCUACUGGAGGACGGAGGAGCGGGGCCAGCUCGCGGCGCAGCCGGCAGACGUCCCCCACCUGGUGGUCCGGCAGUGGGGGCCGCCGGCCGCCUGCCAGUUCGCCACGUUUGUGGGGAUCUUCACGGCGCUGUACGGGGCCGCGCAGGGCUGGAGGUGCCUCUUCUACCUCCACGGGCGCCACGACGACACCCUGUUCUCCUCCUUCCUGACCGUGCUGCUGAGUCUGUGUGUGUUGUUUCUGUCUGGCGGGGCCAGCAUCACCUUGUCCUUGGGCCUGGCCUCCUGGUGCAACACCGUCACAGAUGACAACACGCGUCCAUACAGCUGCUCAGAGUCUCAGUCUGUCCCUCUUUACCUGGACGUCGACACCUCCUCGUUUUACACACAGCUUACUCUAGCACAGGCGUCUCUCUGGGGUGUGACGGCUCUGUGGCUGGCCCAGGCCAUCCUGUCCUUCCUGCGUCUCUACCACUCCCACAGCCAGGACCUCAGCAGGCCCUGCCUUCCCCGGGAGAAGGAGCUGCUCCUGAGGCACACUCCUUCUGAUGACUCCCCGUCCCCUCCACACCCACCGGCGACCCCCACCAUCUCUGUCUGACCGCUGUCACCUCCUCGUAGCAGAGCCGCAGAAGACACAUGCUACAUUUAACAUGGCUUGCUUGUCUGACUGUUUGAAAGGAGUACCGUGGAUUAUUUGUGAUGGAUUGAUCUUGACUGAAACAUUCGAACCAAUUGGAUUGUCCUGAAAAGGGCAAAUUCUCCCUAUCCUGCGCUCCAACAACAAAACAUUGAUGUAGAUGAAGGCUUAAGGGAUGUUGAGAGUAACAGAGCCAGGUUGAAAAGUUAAAUGAAGGGGUAUUAGGUCCCUGUCAGCCUUCCUUCAGUUUCUGGUACUUUGGAGUACAGCCCAAAUUUAGCUAAUUCAGGGGGCAGCCAGGAACCGCCACAGCCAGGUUCACGUCUCGGCUGCGGCGGUUCCCGGCGGCCCCCCUGAAUUCGCUACAUUGGUGUCAGAAGUGGGAUGGUGAGACCGUGAGACCAUCAGAAGUGCAUGUGCCCAGAGGCAUGAGGGAGCUGGUAUGCUGAAGCGCGGGGACGCGCUUCCCGAAGGAGGGGGGUAGUGUAACAAUUAGGGAUGUGUAGACUCGCUAGCCCAUUGGCUAAAGAGUCGGGCCCUUUAGUCGACCGGUUAACGUAGUUGCCCGUGGUGCAGGAGACCCGGGUUCGCGUCCCACGGUCGACUAUGUUAACUGGUCGACUAAAGGGUCCGACCUGUGAGCCAACUGGCCAGCAAUUCUACACACCCAUGUUCAUUACAGUAACAUGACAUGUUAUUUAUAAUCUCCUGGUUUUAUUGAUUCAUCAUCAUUAGUGUUAUUGUAAAUGAAGGUCGCAAUAGGGCCAAAUAUAUUGCCCCUGAAUAAGGACAGUGCAGCAACCCUCGUUUGCCCUGCCUUACCCCAAACACCCAGCCCUAACGUUGAUGGCAACAACCCGCUGAAAUGACAGAGAGUAACCAGAAUAGUUGGACAUAACCAAAACGGUUACUGUUCACUGAUCUAUUAGCCACAGCAUCAUACAAAAGCAAAAUGCUAACCCUUGAUUCGGCCGUGACGGUGGGUUUGUGAUUUUUGCUGCGUUAAAUUUACAUAAUCGCCUUCCAGUGGUAGCAGCAUGUUGCUGUACAGAGGACAACUUCCAUAUUGUUCAGCAUCCAGUCUAUUUAACACGGAUGGUUGUAAAUUGGGGCGGCACGGUGGCGCGGUGGUUAGCGCGGUCGCCUCACAGCAAGAAGGUCCUGGGUUUGAGCCCCCGGGGUAGUCCAACCUUGAGGGUCGCCCCGGGUCGUCGUCUGUGUGGAGUUUGCAUGUUCUCCCCGUGUCUGCGUGGGUUUCCUCCCACAGUCCAAAGACAUGUAGGUCAGGUGACUCGGCCAAACUAAAUUGCCCCUUGGUACGAAUGUGUGUGUGUGUGUGUGUGUGUGGGCCCUGUGUGAUGGCCUGGCGGCCUGACCAGGGUGUCUCCCCGCCUGCCGCCCAAUGACUGCUGGGAUAGGCUCCAGCAUCCCUGAGAGCAGGAUAAGCGGUUCGGAUGAUGGGUGGAUGGAGGGUUGUAAGAUGUUUUCUGAUGGGUCAGUGUGGUUUAUGGGAAUGAACACGCUGUUGUUUACAUGUCUGAUGAGCUCGUGCAGAAGCUGUAUCAUGCAGUAAGAGCGCAGCCGGGGCCACUGUAGCUCUGCAACGGGCCACAGGCUCACUGUGUGAGCAGGACUUGAACGUUUUACCGUGCAUGUGGAGGCCACUGUCUCCUCUCUGCUGUGAAGGGUUUUCAGAAUGGCGCCGUGUGUGUGGAUGCAGCUGCUCUCGAGACAUCCCAUGAAGCAGUCCAAUCUUACAAGUCUGUCCCGCGUGUGCAGGCUUUAGCCGGGGCUGCGUGGGUAACUGUAAAUAAGUGAUAAGAACACGUUUGGCUUUGCUGAGCGAGAAGAAGAUGGGCCAGAGUUGUCGUUUCUUACUUCCCCGAUGCAAACCCUUGACCCGAGCAGCUGUGAUGACACACAGACGGCUGAGCAAGAAAAACCAGAUGUAACAGGGAGACGGUGUUGUCAUUUUAUUGAGGAUUUUUAUCUUUGCUUUAUUUUUAUGUAUUGUGUCGUAACUGACAGUGCUUUUUGCUUUUUUACCAUUUAAGCCCGUUUUGUGUUAAUUUAUAUUCCAGAUGUUUGCAUUUGUCCAAUAAAAACUUUUGCCGUUUCG